AUGUUGUAAAAAUAAUUGAGUUAAAAUUCGUCUUUAUAUGAUCUAUGGGUGAUGACUGCAAUUUUUGUGAGAGGAUAAUUUGUUUGUUCAUAAGCUAUUGAAAUUUGUUUACUGAUAAUUAACUCACUUUAAACCUUAAUUAUGGCAAUUCAUCCAACAUUUACACUAAUUAAAGAUUUUCAUGUAAAUUCAUCUUUAGAUCUAAUCUACACCUUUAUGAUUAGAACAGAGAUAUACAUACUAAUAAAUUAAAAUUUGUAGGAAGAACUAAUAUAUUUAUUUAUUUUGGCAAUUGUGAUCAUUAGUAAAAUAGGGUUUGUUUUUUUAAUGUUUAUGCUAAAAAAUAAUUAUCAUUCAGAUAAAUUUGUGCAAUAGAUUUAACAUCAUAUGCCUUUAUAAAUUUUUGUUAGAAUUUAAAGUUAUUAUUAACAAUUACUUUGUCCAAUUUUUAUAAUUCCAUUUAAUACUAUAAUUUUAUUGUCAAUUAAAAAAAGUGUUUCUUUAAUCGAAAUGAAUUAACCUUUUUAAUAUGUGAAUUUAACUUUUGGAAUUGCCACCUUCAUAAUUUUAUAAAUUGAUUAAAUUUUGAUUUGUUCAAUUAAUAGACAACCCAUAACAUUUAAGAUGAGACCAAUGGAUAGAUCAAAAGUAACAGAAUCACAUUUAAUCAUUUAUAUUUUUUCAACCAUCUCUGUAAUCUUAUUUACUCUAAUGGAAGAUAAUUAAUCGAUUAGAAUAAUUCAAUAUAUUUUAAUAUUUGUUAUUCAAGUAGUUUCAAUAAGAAAUUAAUUAGCAAACUCAAUAUACAUUUAUAGAUAUCAAGAAAUUAUACUAUAUUCUGGUUGUCUCUUUUAAUUACUUUAUUGUAUUCUUUAAUUUAUUGAUAGCUUUAAUAAAAUAAAUAAUUAAUCAUUCUUAUUAUUAGUAAUAACUCCACUUAUGUUAGUUUAUAUUCUUUCUAACAUUAAUCAUAGAAAGACUUAAGAAUUUUUACUAUUUUUUAAGUCUUCAAACACACCUGAUAUUUAAAUUAUAAUGAAUGUUCUAGUCAAUAUGUUAAACAAAUGUGAUAUUAAUGAAAAUUAUGUUGUAAUAAGAUCAUCUUUGAUAAAUUAUUAUCAUUCUAAAUAAUGUUUAUAAAAAUAAUGUUCUUGUACAACUACUUUCUAUAUAGCAGAGCCAAGAUAAGCUAAUGCUAUAACUGGGCAAAUAUUUAGAAAUUUUGUAUAUGAAAAAAUAUCACAAAUUAAAAAGACUAUUAAUAGAAAAAAUUCUGAAUUUUACUGCAAUUAAGAAUUGUUAAUUUAAUAUGCUAUUUUUCUUAAUGAUUUUGGUUGGACUAUGUUAGCUUCCAAAGCUUUUAAUAAAAUACUAGUAAAUGAUUCUGUAAAUCCAUCUAUAAAUAAAAAUUAAAAUCUUGAAUUCGAUAAAUCCUCUAUUUAAAAAUAUACUAAAGAAUUAACCAUAAAAUCUACAACUUAGCAAUAUAAGAAGUUUAAAUCCUUAGAUUCAGAGAAAGAGAAAUAAAAUGCUAAUGAAAUGAAAUUAUAUUUCAAAAUUAGUUUGGGAAUUAUUGAUAGAGCAAGAACUAUUCAAUUAUUUAAUUAAACAAAAUGGAAUUUAAAAGCUUCAUUUGGUUCAUCUUUAUAAGCAGCUUAAUAAACAUUUAUUUCAGACUCAAUAAAUCAAUAUUUACAUUAUGAAUUUAUUCUUUAAAAAAUCAAAGUAAUGAUUAUUGAACUUAUAAAUUAAAAAGUUUCCUUUUUUUCAGAAUUAAUUAAAGAACAAUAAUAAUUUGAUUUUAAAAAAACUCUAAAAAAAACAAAUGAACUUUGUAAACAUCUCUAUUUAACAGAGAAUUUCAUUAAAUCAUAAUUUGAUAAAUAUCCAAGUAAUAGAUUAUAGAAAGCAUUAACAUUCUUUUUGGCAGAAUUACAUAGUAAUUAUAUUGAAGCUAAUAAAAUCUACAAUCAAUCUAUUAAUGUAGAUCUAAAAUUUAUUUAAAAUAAUCAUUCUGCAUUAAACUUAACCUAAUAGUAAAGUGCUUAUGUAAUAUUAUCUUUAAAUGAAGAUUUAAAGCAUUUAGAAGUUUAAACUAUUUCAAAUUAAAUGCUUAAUUUAAUAGGAAAACCUGAUUAAAUAAACACAUGUUUUCCAGAAAUCUUACCACUAUUUUUUUAUUAAUAUCAUCCAUUAAUGGUUAAUAAUUUUUUAUCAACAGGAAAAUCUCGAUAUUAUAGAAAUUUUAGUGCUAAUUUUGUAAAUGUUCAUGAUUGUUUAGUAAAAGGAAUAUAAUUAUGUUAUGAUACAACAUCAGUUUUUCAUCAUUCUUAGUUAGUUUUUGUUGCAUUUAUAUAAGAACUUGUAUAUGAAAAAUGUUAUAUCAUAGUGGAUGGUUUUGAUAAAAGUUUUGUGAGUUUGUCUUUAAACUUUUUGUAGAAAAUUGGUUACGAUGACAAUUUGAUUAUCAAAAUGGCAAAACAUAAAUAUUUGAAUGAAAUAUCAAUUUAUAAUAUUUUUCCAUCAUUUGACAUUGCUUUACAAAAAUAGUAAGAAGAUAACAGACUUUUGAUCGAAAAGCUAUAUUUUUUUGACUAUUUAAAGGUCAGAAAAUCUACAGUUGUUGAAAAUAAAGAAAAAAGAAUGUCGAAUCUUAAUCCCAAUAUAUGGAAAUAAAGAGAAAAAGUAUUAUCAUUUAUUGCUAAAUUAAACAUACUUGAAAGAAAUCAUUAAGAUUUUUCUUAUUUUAUAAUCGAAAUUUAAGAUAUAUAAUUAUUAAGUGGCUAAAAUAAUGCUUUUUUAGAUGAAGUUUAUGAUUAGGAAUCAUUCAUAUCUGAAACAUCAAAUAUUAGUAAUGAUAGUUAAAGUUGUGUUUUGAGUAAAAUUGAGGAGGAUCACCCAAAUUAAAUUUAUAUUCAAGACUUAAAUAAUUAAGUAACAUUAUUUUCACCAUUAACAACUUUAUUUAAUAACAAUGGUGAUUAAAGUUCUCAUUAGAUACAAGCGUUAAUCAAGGAAACCACUCAAAAUUAAGCAGGCGAAAAUUUAGUAAAUUAAAAUGAAAUUAAUAAAUCUUCUUUAUAAAUAAAACAGCAAUAAUAAGCUUUUUACAAUUGCAAAAUUUCUCAUUUAAUUCCGUAAGAUAAAUCAUCAAUCGUAUCUAAUAAAAAAGAUGAUGAUCAUUAAUAAUAAAACUAACUUUAAUAACAAUAAUAAUAAUAAUAAUAGUAUGCUUAAUCUUAAUCAUCUGUAGCCAGCAUAAACUUAUCAGUUAAUUAUAAAAAGUACGAGUUAGUAGAAAAGAUCACUUCAUAAAAGGCUCCAUUAAAAAUUAAUUAAUUUAUAGGGUUUUUACUAUUUUAAAAUUUGAUUCAAAUGAUUUAUUUCAUUAUUAUUUUAGCAUUAAUGCCAUCAGAUUUGGAUAAUAGCAUAGUUGAAAUAAAUAUGAUUGGUCUUCAUUCAGAUGUUAUGGCUCCCCAUGAUCUCUAUUUUUCAAUGAGAAUUACUUUAUCAUCCUAUUAAUAAGCUUUAAAUGAAGGAUUUAUAAAUUAGACUUUAUUUACAUAACUUACAGAUCCAUAUUAUAACAAUAUCUAUCUUGGAUAUUAAGAGUUAAAAGAUAGUCUUUAUAAAUAAUUAACUAAUCCAUAUUUAUAGCUAUUUUACAAUGAUUACAAUAUGAAUAUUAAAUUCAUGAAAGAUAAUGAUACAUCAAUUGUUACUGAAGAAAUGACUUUUAGGGAAGUUUUAUUAGUUAUAUUAUAAUAUUAAUUUGCUUAUGCUAAAAAGUAUGGAAGAAGAGAAAGUCCAAGUGGAUCUAGUUAUUAAGUAUUUCUUUAUGCUAAUUAUUUUGAUUUACAUGAUUUACUUGCUUAAAUCACUGAUGAUAUAUUUAUAUAUUCAAAAUCAAGAUCAAUAAGUGUGAAUUAAAAGUGGACAAUUUUUUGGUUGAUUUCUAUUAUAAUCAUUAUCUUCACAAGUGUAAUUUCAUUUAUUUAUUAUAAUUUAUACUUAGUUCAAUACGAUAAAUAUUUAUAUCUAAUGGAUUAUUUACCUUUUGAUCUUUUGGAAAAUGAAAUUAUAAAAUAAAAAUCUAUUUUGUCUUAGAUUCUUAAUGAUGAAAAAAUCAUAUUUGACUACUAAUUCAGCUUUGAAUAUUCUUCAAAUAAACAAAAAACAACAAUGUCAAAAAAUUAAAAAAAUAAAAAGUUAAAAAAAAUAUUUAAAGUAAGUAGAUUAAAACCAGCUUUUAUAUUAUUUAUUUUUUGCGCUAUUUUUGUUUCUUAUUCAACUUUAGUUGAUUAGUCAAGUUAAAAUUUCUUUGAAAAGUAUCAAUUUACAAUAGACUUUUUUAAAUUAAUUUCUGAUUUAAAACUUAGAUCAGGAAGUGUUUUAAUGUAAAAAGAAAUUUUUUAUCGAUGGAUUAAUUUUUCAUAUCUUUCAGAUUAUGAUAAAUAUAGAUUAUAUCUUCUUGUCAGCUAAGCAAUUGAAGUUAUGAAUUAAUAUGUGUUAUAUGCAAAUUCAUAUGAUUUUGAUAAAUUAAUUGUUUCUGAUAAAUUUAUUGAGUAUUAUCAAAAUAUUGGAACUGAAAAUUUAUGCGAGAUUUUAACAGAUGUAUUUUUAAUUAAUUUAUUUACUAGAACUUCAAAAGUUUUAUGUACAAUUAAUGCAAUUAUGCCUUUGAAGGAACUUUAAAGCAUGGAACUAUUUAAAGUUUAAAUUACAUUUCAAAUUUUAUUAAAGCAGAAUAAGCCAUCAAUAAUUUUACAAGUAGGUUAACUUAUAAUUUAUAUGAACAAGAAGGUUCCUAAGUGAUCACUAGAAUUUUCAUAUAAUUAAAUGAUUAAUUGUCGUAAGGGAUUGAAGAAAUAACAAAUGCUUAACUGUAAUUUAGUAAUGUAAUUAUAUAAUAUUUAUUUAGACUCUUUCAAUAAUAUAUUUUGUAAUAGCUUUAAUUGGUUGUUUUUUGAUUGCUAAAUUAUUAAGAUAAUAUUUGAUUUUUCAAUAUUAUUUAAUAAAAAAAAUAGUUAACAUAGCUCCAUUACAAGUUUUAAUUGAAGAUGAAUCAUAUGAAAGAUAACUUAGAUUACUUGUACAACAAUAAGAAAAAGGAUGA